AUGCAGACUCUAAAAUGUGUUGUUGUAGGUGAUGGUGCCGUCGGUAAAACGUGUCUUCUGAUCUCUUAUACUACAAACCAAUUUCCAGCGGAUUAUGUCCCAACAGUUUUCGACAACUAUGCAGUCACUGUUAUGAUUGGUGAUGAACCAUACACAUUAGGUCUAUUCGAUACCGCAGGGCAAGAAGAUUAUGAUAGAUUAAGACCUCUGUCGUACCCAUCCACUGAUGUUUUCCUAGUUUGUUUCAGUGUCAUAUCUCCACCAUCCUUUGAGAAUGUAAAGGAAAAAUGGUUCCCUGAAGUGCAUCACCAUUGUCCAGGUGUACCAUGUCUAGUGGUUGGUACCCAGGUCGAUCUUAGAGAUGAUAAAGUCAUUAUCGAGAAGUUGCGAAGACAAAGACUGCGUCCUAUCACAGCAGAACAAGGUGAAAGACUGGCAAGAGAGUUGAGAGCUGUGAAGUACGUUGAGUGUUCGGCUCUAACUCAACGUGGUCUAAAGAACGUUUUCGAUGAAGCCAUCGUUGCUGCAUUGGAACCACCAGUUAUCAAGAAAAGUAAGAAAUGUACAAUUUUGUAG